AUGAUCCGAGAUGAUCCUAAUCUGGGAUACAAGAUGCGCGUCUUGGCUUACGACUUACGAAACGUAACAAAGAAUCACUCCUCUACACAACGUCUCAACACCACCACAGAUGAGCACUACAUCAGCGAGCCAUACUUCACGCCGGAAGAAGCAGCAUCAAUCAAGUCCGCCGUGGUAGACGUCGAAUUCAACCAGAACCUCGACCCAAACGCAAGGUACGAGCAAGAAUCACCUGACGAAUCGACCGAUGUCGGCGAUACCAGCACGUUAUCGGCCUCUCAUGUUCAAGGACAGACGGUGGAGAAUGCUCUCAAGAUGCUACUGGAGAACUUCUUGGAGAAGCGCAAAGCCAGCGGAGAUACGCGUCCUUGCGGCCCGCAUGACCUGACGCCUGUUUACGUGGGACUCUUCGGCUUGUGCCUUGCAGACUUGCAGGAUCACAAGUUCCUGAACCGCCUUGCACGGUCAGGAGUCUAG